AACUCAUACCCUGAAUUUUUCAUUUUUCUCUACAUAUCUUCUCUCCUUUUGGAUUUGAAGAGUUUCAGCUUUCUGUAUCUCCAUUAAUGCUCCCUGCGUUUAGUCACCAAAGCUGACAUAUGGGAUUAUAAUUAGCAUAAUUGGGUUCAUUAAGUUUUCGUCGAAGUUUAAGAUAUUGGUGUGCCUUAUUAAUACCAGAAUAAGAAUGCAUCUGAAUUUUGGAGGGCUCUCUUGGAUUUGUAAGGGUGAAUUUCCUUCUGUUAGUUAUUGCAUUCAGGGGAUUGUGAUUGAUGCUCUCAACCUGCUAUUCCUCCUAGCGCUUUAUCUUUGUUUAUUUGUGGGCUAUAUAAGAAGGUAUAAUCUUGGGAGGUUUGCUAGGAGGGAUCGGCUCAGUAUAGUUAUUUCAGUCUGCUCAGCUCUUAUUAGUAUUGCAUAUCUUAGCUCCAGUUUAUUGAUUCUGGGAGCAAAAAUUAGUGAACUUAAUCAAUUGAGCUGGGUGGUGCAGUUUGUCAGGGGUCUAAUUUGGAUCUCUUUGACCGUUUCCUUGAUCAUAAAAGUAUCCAAAUGGGUCAACAUUCUGGUCUCAGUUUGGUGGAUGCUGUUCUUUCUGUCAAGUUCAGCUCUAAAUAUUGAAGUUUUAUCAAGAACUCACAACCUUGGACUCUUAGAGGCAGUAUCAUGGCCCGUAAACUUGUUACUUCUCUUUUGUGCUUUGAGGAAUUUCAGUUCCUUCUUCCGUCAAAAUGCCUCAGACAGGAGUUUAUCUGAACCUCUGUUGGUUGAGGAUCCUGAAAAAAACCAAAAUAAAAUAGGACAUGCUAGUUUACUGAGUAAACUAACAUUUUCUUGGAUCAAUUCUUUGCUUCGAUUGGGUUACUCCAAAAUUUUGGCUGUUGAAGACAUUCCUUGUCUGAUACCUGAAGAUAAAGCAGUUUUAGCCUAUGAGAAAUUUGCUCGUGCAUGGGACUUGCUUCAAAGAGAUAAGAGGUCAAACAGUUCUAGGGGCUUGGCUUUUUUGGCUAUAAUGAGAGUUUAUAUGAAGGAAAUGGUGCUUGCUGGUAUUUGUUUAUUUCUUAGGACGUUGUGUGUGGUAGUUUCUCCCUUGUUACUCUAUGCUUUUGUAAGUUAUUCAAAUCACAAUACAGGGAACACAUAUGGUGGUCUCUUCUUGGUAGGGUGCUUAGUUGUUGUCAAGGUUGUUGAGUCUUUGUCUCAGAGGCAUUUCUUCUUCAAUUCAAGGAGGACUGGAAUGAGGAUGAGAUCAGCUUUAAUGGCGGCAGUUUAUCACAAGCAGCUCAAUAUUUCUAGUUUAGGAAGGCAAAGACACUCAACUGGGGAAGUUGUGAAUUACAUUGCAGUUGAUGCAUAUCGAAUGGGGGAGUUUCCAAUGUGGUUUCAUAUGGGAUGGUGUUUUUCUCUGCAACUACUGCUGGCCAUCGGUGUCCUCUUCUGGGUUGUGGGUUUUGGUGCUCUUCCUGGUUUAAUCCCUCUUCUUAUCUGUGGGGUUCUUAAUGUGCCAUUUGCAAAGUUGCUUCAGAACUGUCAGUUUGAGUUUAUGAUAGCACAAGACAAACGGCUUAGGUCUAUGUCUGAGAUCCUAAACAACAUGAAAAUCAUCAAGUUACAGUCAUGGGAAGAUAAGUUCAAGAACUUGAUUGAGUCUUACCGAGAAAAUGAAUUCAAGUGGUUGGCAGAAUCUCUGUAUACGAAGGCCAUUGGCACUGCCUUGUAUUGGAUGUCACCUACAAUUGUUUCUUCAGUUGUUUUCUUCGGAUGUGCCCUUUUUGGCAGUGCUCCCUUAGAUGCUGGCACAAUUUUUACAGUUUUGGCAACACUACGAAGUAUGGCUGAACCUGUUAGAAUGAUUCCUGAAGUUCUUUCGGCACUGAUCCAAGUCAAAGUCUCUUUUGAUCGGAUUGAUUCUUUUUUACUUGAUGAUGAACUCAAGAAUGAGAAAUUAGUGACAAUUCCAUUGCCAGAGUCUGAUACCUGCAUUAAUAUUCAAGCUAGCAGUUUCAGUUGGGAGACUGAAUCGGUGAUUCCAACACUUAGAAAUGUUAACUUGGAAGUAAGACGUCCGCAGAAAAUUGCAGUUUGCGGGCCGGUUGGGGCCGGAAAAUCCUCACUUUUAUAUGCUAUUCUAGGGGAGAUACCCAAAAUUUCCGGAAAUGUUAACGUAUUUGGAUCCAUUGCUUAUGUUUCCCAAGCGCCUUGGAUUCAGAGCGGCACCAUUCGUGAUAAUAUAAUCUACGGCAAGCCAAUGGAGAAUUCCAAAUAUGAGAAAGCUGUCAAAGCAUGUGCUCUAGACAAGGACAUCAGUAGUUUUGACCAUGGUGAUCUCACAGAGAUAGGUCAGAGGGGGAUUAAUAUGAGUGGGGGACAAAAACAAAGGAUUCAGCUUGCACGAGCUGUUUAUAAUGAUGCUGAUAUAUAUCUCCUUGAUGACCCUUUUAGUGCAGUAGAUGCACAUACAGCAGCAGCUCUAUUUAAGGACUGUGUCAUGACUUCCCUAGAAAACAAGACUGUCCUCCUAGUGACUCAUCAAGUGGAAUUUCUAUCCGCAGUUGAUAAUAUCUUGGUGGUAGAAGGUGGAGAAAUUAUUCAAUCAGGAAGCUACCAGGAGCUCUUGAUGACUGGGACAGCAUUUGAACAGCUUGUGAAUGCUCACAGAUCUGCAGUAACCACCUUGGAUCCUAAAAAUGGUGAAAAUAGUAAUCAACAAACCGAAAAGAGAAACAUGGAUGCACUGGAAGAGACUGAAAGUCCUUUCUUCUGUAAACAGCACAGUGAGGGGGAAAUUUCUAUCAAAGCUUUACCAGGAGUGCAGCUGACAGAAGAAGAAGAGAAGGAAAUUGGCGAUGUUGGGUGGAAGCCGUUUUUUGACUACAUCCUUGUCUCAAAGGGAUCACUUAGUCUCUCUGCAAGCUUAAUAAUUCAGUUUGCCUUCGUUGCUUUUCAGGCUGCUUCAACUUAUUGGCUAGCAUUUGCCAUUCAACUUCCUAAUAUUAGCAGUGGCAUUUUAAUCGGAGUGUAUACCGUAAUUUCAACAAUGAGCACCUUCUUUGUAUAUCUAAGGACUCUAUAUUCUGUGCGUCUGGGAUUAAAAGCUUCUACAGCCUUCUUCUCAGGUUUCAUAGAUUCUAUUUUCAAAGCUCCCAUGCUCUUCUUUGACUCCACCCCAGUUGGACGGAUUCUGACCCGGGCUUCAUCAGAUUUGAGUGUCUUGGAUUUUGACAUACCUAUGGCCCUUGUGUUUGUUCAUGCUCCUUUGAUUGAGCUGCUGGCAAUCAUUUGCAUCAUGGCCUCGGUCACAUGGCAAGUUCUCAUUGUAGCUGUCUUCACCAUGGUGGCUUCAAAAUAUGUUCAAGGAUAUUAUCAAGCCUCUGCUCGGGAACUGAUGCGAAUAAAUGGAACAACCAAAGCUCCUGUCAUUAAUAAUGCAACGGAGACCUCCCUUGGUGUUGUAACUAUAAGAGCAUUUGACAUGGCAGACAGGUUCUUCCAAAACUACCUCAGGCUCAUUGACACAGAUGCGAAACUUUUGCUUUACUCCAAUGCAGCCCUAGAGUGGUUAAUUUUAAGAGUUGAAGCACUCCAAAACCUGAAUUUAUUUACUGCAGCUUUUCUCCUGGUUUUGCUUCCAGAAGGUUCCAUACGUCCAGGUCUUGUUGGACUUUCCCUUUCUUAUGCCCUGGUUCUGACCAAUACACAAGUGUUCAUGACUCGGUGGUUUUGCAGCUUAUGUAAUUUUAUUAUUUCUGUGGAACGGAUCAAACAAUAUAUGCAUAUACCUCCUGAGCCUCCAGCCAUUGUGGACGAUAAAAGGCCACCGUCGUCUUGGCCUCUGAAGGGAAGGAUAGAGUUAGAGAAUCUAAAGAUACGAUACAGGCCAAAUGCUCCACUGGUUCUCAAGGGUAUUACUUGCACAUUCAGAGAAGGGACUAGAGUGGGGGUUCUUGGUAGAACUGGAAGUGGAAAAACUACCCUCAUAAGCGCUUUGUUUCGCUUAGUGGAGCCCGACAGUGGGAAAAUUCUUAUAGAUGGGGUUGACAUUUGCUCCAUAGGUCUUAAGGAUUUAAGGAUGAAACUCAGCAUCAUCCCUCAAGAGCCGACUCUUUUCAAGGGUAGUGUUCGAACAAACUUGGAUCCUUUAGGUCUUUAUUCUGAUGAUGAGAUAUGGAAGGUUCUAGAGCAGUGCCAGCUCAAGGCCACAAUCAGCCGUCUUCCGAACUUGCUAGAUUCUUCCGUGAGUGAUGAAGGUGAGAACUGGAGUUUAGGGCAACGCCAGCUCUUCUGUCUUGGAAGAGUCCUCCUUAAGAAAAACAGAAUUCUCAUUCUAGACGAAGCAACGGCUUCUAUUGACUCUGCAACGGAUGCCAUUCUGCAGAAGAUCAUUCGGGAAGAAUUCUCGAACUGCACUGUUAUAGCUGUAGCUCACAGAGUUCCAACCGUCGUAGACAGUGACAUGGUCAUGGUUCUUUCUUUUGGGAAUCUAGUCGAAUACGACGAGCCAUCAAAGCUCAUGCAGAUCAAUUCCUCUUUUGCUAAGCUUGUGGCGGAGUACUGGUCCAGCUGCAGGGGGAACUCUGCUCAGAGUUUCAAUGAUCACCAAACUCACUGAACAAGAAGAUGAAUUAGAAGAAGAAGAGAAAGUUAACAAUGGUAAUGCAUGCAGGAUAUAUGUAUGCAUUUGGGCUCUCUUGAAUUGAUAUGAAGUAGGUUUAUCUAUUUCUUGGAACAAUAACGAAUGGAGAGUGACGGGGCAACAUAACAAUUGUCUGAUAUGAGUAAUUUGAGAGAAGGGACGCGAGCCCCAUGGGGAGUGGUGGGCCUCCUUGCUAGCCCUCAUUGGACACGAUCACCAUAUCAACUCUAAAUUAAUAGAUAUUAAAGAAUAAUAAUCAAUGAUUGUACGCAGGAUAUGCAAAUAAUGAACUUGGCUGCCUUUUUUUU